AUGGCGGCUGAAGCCAACACGUCAGGGGCGGAGCCGGACGGGACAUCGUCAUGGCCACCGGCGAGCGCUGUCCCCACGGUGACGUUCGAAGGCAUGAACUUCCCGGAGGACACCAUUCGGCUACUCAGUGUGCAGGUGGUGCUGAUCCUGGCCUACAGUACCAUAAUAGUUCUGGGGCUUAUGGGUAAUUCUCUGGUGAUUUAUGUUAUUUACCGCUUCAAGACGCUCAGAACCGUCACCAACUUCUUCAUCGCAAACCUGGCUGUGGCGGACCUGCUGGUGAACGCCCUGUGCCUCCCGUUCACACUGGUCUACACUCUUCAGGGAGAGUGGAAGUUUGGAAGUGUUUUGUGUUUUCUGCUCCCAUAUGCUCAAGGCCUCGCAGUCCACGUCUCCACGGUAACCCUCAACGUGAUCGCCCUGGACCGCCACAGGUGUAUCGUGUAUCACUUGGAGACUCGCAUGCGUAAAGAUGUGUGUUUUGGCGUCAUUGCUCUGACCUGGGUGCUCAGUGCGGUCCUCGCCAGCCCCCUCGCCAUCUUCAGAGAGUAUGGCUCAUUCACACUGGACGGGCACACCAUCCAGGUGUGCACAGAGAAGUGGCCAGGCAAGAGCACAGAUGGCACAAUCUACUCCAUCUCCAUGUUGAUUCUUCAGUACUUCCUUCCUCUCUCCAUCAUCUCCUUCGCCUACGCCCACAUUUGGUCAAAACUCCGCGGACACGUCAGCCCCGCCGAAAACGCCAGUGCCAGCUCCGAACGACACCAUCGAAGACGCAAAACCACCAAAAUGCUCGUAACUAUGGUGGUCGUUUUUGCCGUCAGUUGGCUUCCUUUCCACGCCUUCCAACUCGCCACCGAUAUUGACAGUUCGGUUUUGGAUAUGCGAGAUUUCCGGUUACUCUAUACGGUUUUCCAUGUGGUGGCUAUGUGUUCAACUUUCGCCAAUCCGCUGUUGUACGGAUGGAUGAACCGGAAUUACCGUGCGGCGUUCCUGGCGGUAUUCAAAUGCGCCGGAGCAGAGGCGGGGGGAAGAGGAAGGGGCGGGAGAUUGGAUAGCAUUCAUCCAAUCAGCAACAAGAAUCAGAAAAGUGGGCGGGACAAGAGUAAGAGUCAAAAGGAGACGCAGGAAGUGGCAGUGUCUCGGCUCAACGUAACUGAUGUUUGAGAGAACAAAGCCAUCAAAUCCAAGUCCAGGAUUAGAUCUGGAUUAGACUGGGUUUUUCUGGAGGCAGAAUCACAACAAUGAGAAGGGAAAUAGAAGAAUAAAAGAGAAGAAGACAAUAUGGCCG